AUGGAGAAUGUUUCUGUUGUCAGAGUCUUCACUCUAGCAGGAAUAAAUGAGACAGUGAACUACAGAAUGACCAUUUUUGCACUAACAUUACUGUACUAUUGUGUGAUUUUGUUCUUCAAUAUCUGUCUCAUCACUAUCAUUAUUGUGGAUGAAAACCUGCAUGAACCUAUGUAUGUCUUAUUGUGCAACUUCUGUAUUAAUGGUAUUUAUGGAACCACAGGUUUUUAUCCCAAAUUUCUCUUAGACCUGCUGACCUCCAUUCCACAGAUAUCAUAUGAAGGAUGUCUGUUUCAGGCUUUCAUUAUGUACUCGUUUGCUUGCAGUGACCUGUCUAUUCUUGCAGUUAUGGCCUACGACAGGUACGUGGCUAUUUGUCGACCACUGCAUUAUCGCUCAAUUAUGUCAAAGAGGAGAGUCACUCAGCUGGUGUGUUUCUCCUGGUUAACACCCUUCUGUAUUUUCUCCAUCAGUGUUAUACUAACAUCUAGACUGAGCUUAUGUGGUUCAAAAAUUCAGAAGCUCUUCUGUGUGAACUGGGUGAUUUUCAAACUGGCCUGCAAUGAGUCUGACAUUGUUUCAAAUAAUAUUGUUUCCUACGCAACCAUUGUGAUUUAUGUGCUUCAUGGGGUUUUCAUCAUGUGGACUUAUAUGCAUCUUGUCAAAACUAGUGUGAAAUCCAUCGAUGACAGGGUCAGGUUCAUGCAGACUUGUGUGCCUCAUUUAAUUUCUCUGACCACUUUCCUCAUUAUAAUCGUUUUUGACUUGUUGUACAUGAGAUUUGCAUCCACAAAGUUACCACAAGGCCUACAGAACUUCAUAGCCAUAGAAUUCCUCAUAAUCCCUCCACUCAUGAACCCCCUCAUAUAUGGAUUUAAACUCACCAAAAUAAGAAACAGAAUUAUGUAUAUUGUCUGCAGUGGCAGAAAAUGA